UUAGCGUUUAAAUGUCAGAUGUAGUAAACAACUUCAAGUUGUAGAUCGCGUCUAUAUUUUACCAGUUCGAUCCCUACGAAUGCAUUAUAUUUGCUUGACUUUUAAAACUUUACAUUAACAGAAUUCGCUGUAAUAAUUAAGAAGAUUAGCCACUUCAGGCUCGUUAAAGAUGACACAGAAUGGUAACGUUACCAGAGGAUCAGCGACGCUGUACAGUGCAGUGCUCGCUAGAGGAGCACCACCAUCAUCCGAUACUCAACCAAGCACUGACCUGAUGAAGCUGAAGAAUGCACUUCGGGUUUUGAUGGUCCAGUAUCCUAAUGGUGUCACUUUGAGCAAAGCACGCAGGUCCUGCCCGCUUCUCCUAGACUCUGUGGUGCUGGACAGCUAUGCUUCUGUCCGCCAGCUCUUAGCAUCCAUGCCUGAUGUGGUCACACUAAAAGGAUUUGGUGUCCAGACAUUCCUUCACCCUCCUGGCACUAAUCGAUAGGACAGGACAAUUCUGAAGGAUAGCCAUUGUUUAGAGAUCACGUAUCCCACAAUGCUUUGCAGUCAAACUGCACUGACCACAGACAAUAUCAUUAACUAAGAUAACCAGGAUUUUUUUAUAUAUAUCACAGCAUUUUUUCAAUGUGACCAGAAUUCAAUCAAGAAAUAAGAGCACCUGAAAUUAGUGUAUUCUUAAAAGUACAAUAUAGAAAUGUUUAAAUACAUUGUGUUUACAUUUUUGAAGACCAAAAAUGCACUUAAUUCUUUUUUACUGUGAGUGGUCACACACAAAUCAGGAAAUCAUUGUAAAAUUGAGGAAGUUGUAUCAACUGUGAUUAGGCAGCUCGGGAUUGUUUUUCUUAGACUUGCAUGGUAUUUAUAUGAUUAUGAAUUGGUAUAAUAACUUUUACACAUUUUAACUAUAUUCUACUUGAAAUAUUUUAAAAGAAAUGUUCACAAGAACUUGUAACCUUUGCAUUUUUAAUAAGACUUAAUACUACACUUUUAAUUAAUGUAUUCUCCCAAAAAUAUACUGAAAAUUUGAUUUU